AUGAAGUUUUCCACUGCUGCUUUAACAUUUUCAUUACUUGCCAUUGUCAAUUCCUCUGUUAUCACAUAUGACACAGAGUUUGGAGACAAUUAUGAACAUAAACACGACAAAUACGAUUGUGAAAUUGAUACCUUUAAUUGGAAAUUUGCUUUGGUGGUUAAAGAAUGGAAAUAUCACAAAGAUGAGAAGUUCUGUAAAGACACUGAUUUGGAUUUAGUUUAUGAAGGUGAAGAUGGUCAAUUAUAUCAUGGAUGUGAUGGAACCUAUCCUUACUCCAAAUGUAAACAUUGUACAAAUGUUUUUGCUGGUGGUGACGAUAAUAAAUGGAAAGAUGACAAAUGGGACGAUAAAUACAAAGAUAAGAAGUGUCAUGAUAAAUGGGAUGACAAAUGCAAGGACAAGUGUGAUGACAAACACAAAGAUGAUCACUGCAAAGAUAAGAAAUGCGAUGAUAAAUGGGAUAAUAAGUGCCAUGACAAAUGCAAGGAUGACGAUAAGUGCCAUGAUAAAUGCAAGGACAAAAAAUGUGAUGACAAGCAAAAACAUGAUCAUUGCAAGGAUGACAAUAAAUGCCAUGACAAAUGCAAAGACAAAAAAUGUGAUGACAAGUGUAAGGAUGGUGAUGAUAAGUGUCACGAUGAUUGCAAAGAUGAUGAUAAAUGUGAUAAACACCACUGCAAGUAUCCAUAUUGUGAAAUUCAUAACACUGAUUGCGACUUGCUCAUUACCUUAUGUAAUGGUGUUUUGAAAGAUAAAAGAGAUGCCACUGGAGAAAUUGCCGCUAAUCAUCAGUUCCAAUUUGACAAACCACCGCAAAAGGAUGCCUUACACAAGGAAGGUUUCUCUAUUGUUCACACUGAAGGAACUUAUUAUUUGGCUCUUAACCACAAGAUCGAGUUCUGGCAUUGUAAAGUUGACGACAAAGGGUUAUACAAGAUUUAUGAUAAAUCUAUUGGUCCACAAUGCUCUAAAAUUGAACUUAUUGUUUUAAAAUCAGAUGAAAAAGCCACCUUUUCAAAUGAUGAUUGCGACGAUGAUUGCAAAAAGAAACAAAAACAUGAUUAA